CAUAAGAGACGGAGAUGUUUCCUUUACACAAUUCAUGAAAAAAUUAUAAUACUCUCUAAAAGAGUAUAAAAAGGUUCACGCACACACAAUGAGCACACACGUGGACACAAACUCGUUUUAUUCUGCUAUUCAAAUAAAGUUGCUUUAAAAAUAACUCUCAAUGCCGCAUUUAUUGCGCUCGGUGCCACGCAAACUGUGUCAACAGUGGAGUGCAGCUUAACAGUGGCAGUUGGACGGCGAGAACGAGGACGACGAGUCUAUAUUUCAGAACGAGAUGUUUCCACAGGCCGAGCUGGAAAACUACAAGCUGCAGGUGGAACUGCUUCAGGAGAAACUUCGUCGCAGCGAGGACAAUCGCCAGCAGCUGGAGCAUAAACUGGACAAAGUACUACAGAAACGCAGCGAACUCGAGAAGUGCGUGCGACAGAAAUCACGUCAGAAGUACCAGGAAUUUUUGGAGGAGCAGAGCAAGCGCAACGAGCGAAACAAAAAGCUGGUGCAGAUGCUGGAACGUAUCGAUGAACAGACUGCUGCCAUGUCGCAGCGCAGCGAACGACUCAAAAUGAUGAAGCUGCAAUACCAAAUGUACUUUGCAAAAUUGGUUCAGAACCAAACGUUGCGCUGUAUACAACAAACAACAGGAGGCACUCCUUUGUCAAUUCCUGUCCUAAUACAGCCACAAGCAGCGGCAGUGUCGGAUCCGGCUGCAUCGCCACAGCAAUGGGCUUUUGCCAUGGCCACGCCCACACCCACGCAUACUGGUAUGUUAUUAGCUGCACAAGCAAUGCGUCAGCCCAUUUAUAUGCCCUACCCAGAUCUGUACGGCGGGGCUGGUGCUGGGGCUGGUGUGAGCGGCGGACAGGCGCUUGGCACCUCCAAUCUGUUCGACCUGCGUGCCACAUUGCGCGCCCUGGACAAUGAAAAUGCUGAUUUGCCGGAGCGCAUGACGCACUUUGAUGUGGCUGCUCUGUCAGCGGGUGAAUCUCAAUAUGGCAACGCUGAAAAGGCAGCGCCAACAGAAACAACAGCCACGACGACAACGACGAUGUCAACAGCAUGCUCACCGAAAGACAUGAGUGCACGGGAGCUGAGUAGCACAUCCUCAACAUUGGCAACAUCCUCGUUGACAUUUGAUAAAUUGCCAAAGACGGCAGCGUUGACUGAGCUGCCGGCUGCAGCUGUCGCUGUCGCUGGCGUCGAUGACGUCGGCGACCGACCGCAAGAGGCAGCGCAGUUGCGCAGGGAAGGCCAGCAAGGACUGGAGCAGGAAGCCUGGCCAAAUUCACGCGUGACUAGAGGCGAGCAUGAAAUAUCGCCAAGUGUCGCUGGCUAUAAUGAGCCACGCCGGCAGCCACAGCAGCAAUAUCAGGAGCAAAGGCAGCACGAUUUGGACGCAUACUUUGGCGAGCUGAAAAUCGAUGAGCCCUGGCAACCAACAACAGCGCCAACAGCAACAAUGGCACGGCCAAUGGACCAGUUUGAAGACAAAAUGGAGCUAAGCGUGCGUCCCAGCGAAAUGAAAACAGUUGGAGGCGGUGGCGCCAUUGGCGGCCUCGUUGGUGGCAUCAGCAACGAUUUGCUUGACGAGGUCAAAGCCAGUCGUGCAGCUCUGGAGCAGGCAGCGGCUGCGGUUGAUGAGCAGCUAGCACGAGGUAAUCAAUUGUCGCCACUGGCAACCAAUGAGCCAUUCGCUAAGCCCAGAGUGUCGAUUGAGAAUAUUGAAAAUGCCAUUUACGGCGAACGUUUGACAGGAACAACCACUGCGAUAUCAGCCAGAGCAGCUGCAGAGGCGGCAGCAGCAGCAACAGCAGUGGCAGCAGCACCAGCACCAAAGCAGGGAUUAUUUGAGAAUUUGGCAACCAACGCAUCGCAGUCGCAGCAGUCGCAGCAGCAGCAGCAGCAGAAUCAAGGUGAGGGCGAACAGAUGAGUGCUGUAGAGGUAGAACAGUUGCAGGAGCAGCAGCAACAGCAGCGACCAACACAUGAUGGGGCUCAGAUCGAUUUCGGGCAGUACGAUGACAAUAGCUAUGUGGACCCAGGUGAGCCCAGCUAUGCCAGCAUUGAGACCAGCCAACAGCAACAGCUGCCGCAGCCGGCAAGCGUCACAGGCGAGCCGCUGUACAGUGAAAUCGGAAAUCCCGCAGACUAUCAGCAAUAUGUAGCGGAUGCAAAUGCAGCAAACGAUGCCGAAGCUGAGGCUGCAGCAGCCGCAGCACAACAGGAGUACUCCAAUAUGGAUUAUAGCAACUACGAUGCCGCCCAAUAUGCUGCCGGCUAUGAUCCCAAUGCCUAUCCGGGCUACAUAUACGAUGAGGCAACCGGCCAGUACAUAGCCGAUCCCAAUGCCGAGCAGUAUGCCCCGGAUGGCAGCUACGCGGGCCAGGACUAUGAUGUCGCAGCAGCAAAUUAUGACUACUAUGCCGAGCAGCAGCAGCAGCAGCAGCUGCAACAACAGCCGCAGCAAGAGGUACAACAGGAAGCCGCCUAUCCGAUGUCUGACAACAACAGCGCAGCGGCCGAGCUGGUUUUGCCACAGGAAGUGGAGCAAGCCCCGUCAUCUGGAGGGGCUGAUGCAAAAACUGAAGCCACUCACUCACCAGUGGCGACCGACACCACCGCCACGCCCGUCAGGCCCACAUCGAUACUUGCGUCGACAGACAAACAAGCGACGCCUAAUGAUGCGCAUCAGCAGCAGCAGCAGCAGCAAAAGAAGAAGAAGCGCGUUAAUUUCGUUGACAGCAGCGAAACGGAUGAUAGCUCAAGCGCGAAACCAGCCCAGGAACCAACCGCGCCCACAGCCACCCCGAACAUUGGUGUACCCGCGGGAGCAGCGACCGGCGCAUCUGGAGCCGGCAGUGAAAGCGACUUCGAUUUUUCAACAGGCAGCGAGGCGAAGAAUUAGAACAAGCGCAAAACACUUCAGCUCUAAUUUGCUGCCAUUUGGGUUAACCAAUGGACGACCAAUCGAGCGACCAUUCAAUGAGACCGCAUUCAAUUUAUGUCCAUCGCAUUUCCCACUUUUAGCCUGUGCCGCACCUCCCCUCAACGUAUGCAGAAGAAAAUCGACAUACAAUGUGGAACAAACAUAUAAUGAACGGAACGGAAACGGAAACAAAAGAUUUUAAAAGCUCAGCUAUGCUUUGAGCGUUCAAUUGAAUAAAGAGCUCUAUCAAAUAUUUUAAGGCAUUUGAAAAACAAUUAUCAAUGUUCAAAUACAUUUUUUCCAUUUAUGAACAAUAAAAA